AUGCAGGGUAACCAAGAGGCCCCAGCCCCCCCUGAAGCCAUGGCCCAACCCUUCCCACCAACCCAGUACCCCCCUCCACCACAGAAUGGGAUCCCAGCUGAAUACGGCACGCCCCACACCCACCCUCCUGCAGACUACACAGGACCAAGCACGGUGGCCGAGCACGCCCUGACACUGUACACACCGACACACACACAGAACGAACAGCCGGGAAAUGACAACAACACCCCCACCCUCACAGCCAACACAGUAACGCAGGCAGAAGAGGUUGCACAAACAGAGGGCUCCCAGCAGCUCCACCUGCAGUCCAGUGAUUCGUCGGAGAAGCAGCAGCCCAAGAGGCUACACGUCUCCAACAUCCCUUUCCGUUUCCGAGAUCCUGACCUCCGGCAAAUGUUCGGGCAAUUUGGCAAGAUAUUAGACGUUGAGAUUAUUUUUAACGAGCGAGGCUCUAAGGGCUUUGGGUUUGUAACAUUUGAAACGAGUGCAGAUGCUGACCGUGCGCGGGAGAAACUAAAUGGUACAAUCGUAGAGGGACGCAAAAUAGAGGUCAACAAUGCCACAGCCAGAGUAAUGACCAACAAAAAGGUGGCUAACCCGUAUACAAAUGGCUGGAAGCUGAAUCCAGUGGUUGGAGCAGUCUAUGGCCCUGAAUUUUAUGCAGUGACCGGGUUUCCAUACCCCAGUACAGGAGCAGCUGUGGCCUACAGAGGGGCCCAUUUGAGAGGGAGGGGUCGCGCUGUCUACAACACAUUUCGUGCUGCACCUCCUCCUCCACCCAUCCCUGCCUAUGGAGCUGUGGUCUACCAGGAUGGCUUUUAUGGAGCAGAAAUAUAUGGAGGGUAUGCAGCUUACAGAUAUGCCCAGCCAGCUGGUACUGCUGCAGCUGCAUACAGUGACAGUUAUGGCAGAGUCUAUGCAACAGCAGACCCAUAUCACCAUACGAUUGGUCCUGCAGCCACAUACAGUGUGGGCACUAUGUAAAUAAAAGAAAGACUAGAGAGAUGAAUACAGAUGGACAUCAACUAAAAAAAGAGAAGAACAGCAGGAAUACAGAAGGACACUAAAAAAAAGAUCAACUUAAACAAAAAGAGCCGAUUUGUAAAGGAGCCCUUCUAUCAAGAAUGAAAGGGAUCUGAGAGCAUGGACGGGGAUGUUUGUGGGCCUGCUCUGAGGCCAGGGCCUGAACCAUUGAGCCUGUAGUCCUGAGGAAGGGGAGCCUGCUGCUCUGACCCCUGAAAAACAAGCCUUGCUGAGUGGAAGAGACCAAUUAGAGAAGUCACCAUGAAACAUUUUAUUUUUGUAAACUUUUUUAAGUUUAUGAUUUCCAAAAAGAUCAAACACUAAUGUACGUAUAUACAUAUUAUAUAUUAUAUGUGUGUAAUAUAGUAAGUAUGUUUUAGAAAAAAAAGAAGAACUUGGGGGAAAAUGUUAUGUGUCUUUGCAAUUUAAAACGGAAAGGUGAGUUAAAGAGAUGCCAGCUUCCCCCCGUCUUCUGAUUAUCCCCACCACACCCUGCCCCAUCACCCUCUGCUAGAUAGACCAGGGGUGUUGGGGAGAAUAUGGACUGUGUGUGUGUGUGUGUGUGCGUGCGUGCGUGCGUGCGUGCGUGCGUGCGUGCGUGUGUGUGUGUGCUUUUUGAGGGAUUGGGGUAGCUGGUCCAGCAGACAUGUCACUAUGUGAUUGUUAUGGAAUAUGGAGUACUCUUCAACUAAUGGACUGCAGCAGUGUAGUUGUUACUUUUGACAAGCAGUCUGCUUUUUGUAGAUUGCAAUAAAAACAAUAGGAAUGAUAAUUAAGUAUCCUUACAUUGGUCUGUGCAAAGAUAAGAAAGGAUAGAAAUGAUUGCAUAAGUUGAUGAGUGCACAAGCUCAGCUGUUCUCAGUGAGAGCUGAAGGGCCGGAGUAUGUCAUGUCUGCUGGAGGCCCGGCUGCCUCUGACAUCACUGCUAAACAUGUCAUUGUGGUGUUGUGGUUUGAGGUGGCUGUGCUGUGUAGUAAACUGCUUUUGUACAUUGUGUUGGGUAGGGAACGGCACGAUAGGGAUUCGGUGGCACAGGCACUCUGAGGGAGGGUAGAAAUUAGAAACAUGAGGUCUGUCUACAGUGAAGUGUCACAGGAAAGCCUCCUAUCCAUCAUUGAACACAGCCCUUGGCCUCCACACCUAGGAAGGAUUAUGGGAUGAGAGGGGGAGGGGAAAGGAUAAAUAAGCCCUAUAUGAAGUCAAAAAAAGUGUCACGAACAAACAAAGUUUUACUAAGAGUCUCUUUAAACCUUUCUAUUUAUAUGGCUCUAUACUUUAGUGACAUCCUUCUAUAUUUAAACAUUGUACUAAUAACAUGCUGUCAGGCAUGGUCGGAGAGUCAGUUGUAGCCAUUUACUAAUGUUGUAUUUAUUGUAUUACCAGUAAGGAGAAAAAAACAUUUAUAUAUGAAUAUAGAUAUAUCUAUUUGUGAUCUGCAACUGUUGGACAUAAGUUUGCCUUUAAUUUUCAACUUUCUUGCAGGAUUCAAUGCACUGUCGAUGUAUGAUGAGGUUUCUACUUGUGUGAUGUUUUAUUCUGUUGACAUUCAUUUCUUUCCUUUCAGUUCAGCUACUGAAUGUAUCUUCAAAAACUCUUAAACUUUUUAGGUAGAUGUUGUUGUUUUAUAUAUACUUAAAAAAACAUACAGUACUCUGUAAAUGAUAUACAUGUGUAAAUUAUAUAGCAAAAUGUUUCUGAUAAUGUGCUGGAAUUCUUCUGCUGAUCCACAUAGACCGUAAUGCCAUGGCCAAAAAAAGUAAGAGAAACAAAAGUAGCAGUGAGGGAAGGAUUUAAAAGUAAGACCAGUACCCUGCAGCCACAGGGAGAGACAGAAAUGUGUAAUAAGUCAAAACAAGGAGACGGACAGCGGCCCGUCCUGUGUAAGAGAGAGAGACAGAGGAAGGAAAGAUAAAAUACAUUUUUUAAAUAUAGAUUUUUCUCCCAGUAUUUUCUGCCUGUCUGUUCUCUCUCCCUUUGUCCUUCUCCCUUGAAUCUUAACGUAUUUGCUGGGGGUAAUGCUCUGUGGGGGGUGUUGAAGAGGAGGAGGAGA